AUGGCUUCACAGAGUCCCCAAAACAAAACAGGCACAGAUCCUAUCGACUUUGAGUCAGCUUCGUCCGAUAACUUGCUGGCGACGGGCAUGAGUCGGCUUUCCAUAUCCUCAGACCUUGCCAAACGUUUGUUAAGAAGCGGAUUUCUCCCGGAUAGCUAUGAUAGCAUCAACAAAACUGAAGCUCUGGUAUGGGCUGUCGAGAAGAAGCAGACCGAACUAGUGCGGGAGCUUAUCAGCCAUGGAGCUGAUGUGAACCUGCCAGCUGAGGACGGCUGGACCUGCCUGAAUCUUGCUGCCGGCAAUUUCGAUCCUGAGACUUUGAAUGUUCUGCUUAGAAAUGGUGCGGAUGUGUCUACUAUUGCUGGAACAUCUGGACGUACGGCACUCCACUGGGCCGCAGACCUUGGGGAUCUAGAAGCAGUGAAAAUUCUUAUUUCUCAUGGCUCAAAUGUUGACGCGCAAACGAUUCAAGGAAGCGGUCCUUUGCAUCUAGCCGCUGAUAAUGGGAAUGUAGAAGUUAUUCAGGCGUUGCUGGAAGCCGAUGCCAGCAUCCAAGGUGUCGAUGGCGAAGGAUGGAGCCCAUUGCAUGUUGCGUGCAGAAGAGGACACGAAAGUGCAGUGCAGCUUCUGAUCGAGCGCGGUGCAAACAUGGCUUUGAAAUGCAAGCAGGAUCACACUCCUUUACAUACCGCAGCUUUUUCUGGGCAGCAUAAGGUUGUCAAACAGCUUCUCGAACAUGGAGCAGACGUCAAUGCGACCGCUACUGAGAUGGGAAGAAGCGUUCUCGAUUACGCUGUGAGCGCCAAUUCUGUAGCUACCGCCCAAACUGUGUUGGAGUACGGUGCUAGCAUCGAAAGCUGUGACAUCAGUGGCACAACACCUCUGAUAGCAGCAGUUGUUUACAAUGCCAUAGAAAUGGCCAGCUUCCUUCUCGACCAUGACGCAAAUUUUGAAGCAUCGAACAAUAGUGGUAAAAGACCAUUGCACCUAGCCGCAGAGAAAAACUUUGGACAGAUGACGCAGCUCUUGCUUGAAAAGGGUGCAGAUAUUGAGGCAAGGGCGUAUUCGAAGGUCGAUGAUGAUCAGAUAGUAGUAGAAGGCAUGACACCAUUGUUGGUAGCUGCUAGAUUUGGGAGAGUUGAAACUUUCCACAUACUUGUGGAUCAUGGUGCCGACGUCAAGGCAAUCAGUGCUGGCUAUAAUGGCAUACACAUGGCUACUAUCGGACAGGCCAAAUCUCUGAUACGGUUCUUUGCCCAAGAAGGGGUGGCCAUUGAUGCUAGGACCAUGGAUGAAGGAAGCACGGCACUCAUCAGAGCUGUCCGCGAUGGUUACCCUCAGAUCGUUUCGUUACUGAUCAAACUGGGUGCUGAUGUGAACGCAUCCAACAAUAUCGGCUGGACUUCUUUGCACUUCGCCGCCGAAAAUGGCUUUAAAGAUGUCAUCGAAAUACUGUUGAAGGCUGGAGCUAACCCAACUGCCGAGACACUUGACGGCAAACGACCACGAACGAUCUCGUGGGAAAAUCACCAUGAUGAAGUGACAACGAUAUUAGACGGAAGUGUGCCAAUAUCACUGGACGCGCGGAAUAAGUCACAGGCUCGAACCCUGUCCGCACUCUUCUAUGCUGCUAGAAACGGUCAGCUGAACAAGGUUUCUCAAAUACUAGAUGAGGGAACCGAUAUUAAUUCGCUGGACGCUGAUGGCCGAAGCCCUUUGUCACUGGCUGCUGAACAUGGAUGGAGUGACAUUGUUCACGCCCUAACGGGUAGGGAUGCCGAUCCAAACGUGCAGGACAAUUAUGGUGCAUCGCCACUUUGGUGGGCAUCAAGAUAUGGUCAUGCAAUGAUUGUCGAGCAUCUCCUCGAUAAAGGGGCACAUUUCGAUAGCCCGGACGCAGAUGGCCAGUCACCUCUCUCCGUCUCAUCACAAAAUGGACAUCUGAAAACUACCAAAACUCUGUUGGAACAUGGAGCCAAUCCCAAUUCUUGUACUCACUAUGGGAAAACACCCUUGCUCUUUGCAGUCAACAACGAGCAGCUGGAUACGGUGAAGCUGCUCCUGGAAUCCGGAGCUAACAUCAACUAUAAGAGCCCACAUGGAGAUUCAGCGCUAUCGUUGGCAAGUGAGCAUAGGUUCGGCGGUAUAGUGAAUACUCUCAAAGCCCACCCGAACUUGAUCAUGGACGAGUCAGAGGUUAGGGUAAAAUCAGAAAGUGCAACACCUCCGCCCAUGAGCCCCAUUCAACUCGUUUCUGACGUUUGCCUAAAACGCCAUUCGAUGUUGAUAGAUGCUGUACGAGAGGGCCAAAUCGCGAUGAUCAAACGACUGAUCAAAGCAGGAGUUGACCCAAAUUCCUCUUUCGGUCGCGAAAAUCCUCUUUAUGAAGCUGCAACUCGCGGACAGUCUGAGGCAGUAGCUAUCCUUGUAGAGCAAGGUGCCGUUGUCGAUCCGGAUGAUGGAUUUCGCACCCCUUUGGUAGCUGCAGCGUCUUAUGGCUUUACGAAUACAGUAAAGUUGCUUCACAGCCUUGGAGCCAGUAUCGAGGCGGGUCAAGAAUGGGGCCAAACGCCCUUAGUGGAAGCCGCACAAAACGGGCACCAGGCAACGGUAUCGUUACUUCUCCAACUUGGUGCAAAAACCGAAGUAAAGGGCGACUAUGGAAGAAUGCCAUUAUGGAAUGCCACUUGGAGCCGACACAUAAGCACUGUAAAGCUUUUGGUUGAACAUGGAGCCAAUAUAGAGGCCGCCGACCACUACGGCUUCACCCCCUUGAUGGUAGCUGUGCGAAAUGGAGACAGAAAACUUACCGAGUUUUUUCUUGAGAAAGGGUCCCAGAUGAGGCCAGAGUCUCAGCAAAACUACUCGCCUUUGUGCUUUGCAGCUGCCAAUGGCGAUGAAGCCAUCGUGGAUUUACUCCUUGAUCAUGGGGCAGAUGUGGACUAUUUCUCGGAUGGAAAGUGCACCGCACUACACAUUGCAACAGAUCGGGGUAACCUCAUGGUCAUGAAGAUGCUGAUAGAGGCCGGUGCGAAUGUUGAUUUGAAGGACGGUGAUGGCAGAACUGCGUUAUCAUUGGCAAAGGAGGGCUCUAACGAUGCCACGAUGAGAUUAUUAUGUCGAGCUAGCAGCCUACGACGAGACAGUCACCGAGAACGGAGAAAGGCUGAUGAGGUGGAUUUCAACAAGAAGGACUACUAUCAAUAUCAGCCUCUAAUGAUGGGAGAUUCCAUCCGCAUCAUUGAGCUGUAUCCAGGCAACCCCGGGGACAUAAUGGAGUUUGAAUUGGAAGAAGUUUCACUUGCUUCUAAAACUCCAUUCGAAGCCCUUUCUUAUGAGUGGAAAGAAAGGUAUGGGACGAUACCAGUUCAAUGCGACGGGCAGAAGAUCCUCAUCACUCCCAAUUGCAAAGCAGCCAUGGAAAGACUUCGGCUGCGAGACAAGUCAAGAUACUUGUGGAUAGAUGCUAUAUGUAUCAACCAGACCCACGACCAAGAAAGAAACCAGCAAGUUGCCAUAAUGGGAGAAAUAUAUCGAGCUGCCGACAGAGUUAUUAUGUGGUUUGGAGAAGAGACAGAAGCCAUCGAAACAGCUUUCGAUUUGCUGCCAAGAGUGGCCAGAGCACAACGUACGCUUUUGCAGGAAGCCGGGAACUUCCCAAUUGAGGAAGGGUUGACAGAAGAAGUAGAAGACCCUGAGACUUUAUUGAACAGUAUGUUCAAGGAACAGAAUGUGAUGGAUGCAUUUGAGGAUCUGAUGCAGCGAACAUACUGGACACGAGCUUGGAUUCUUCCUGAAAUCGUGAUCGGUGGCACCAGAGGCAUCGCUAUGUGUGGCAAUCAAUCUUGCGAUUGGGCGACCCUGAAGUAUGGUAUGCCUAUCUACAAAUUUUGUAGGUUUGGGCAACCACCUAUCAUCUUCAACAGCGGCCUGGUUGGUGAGUUGGGACCAGAGGCUGAAAUGCUUUUUGAAGAUGUCGUUUUCAUACUCCACACGCUGGAAGCUACUGACCCUCGUGAUAAGAUAUUUGCAUCAUUGGGGCUCGUAUCACAGGGACGCAUAUCAAUUGGCAAGAAACUAGUGGAAAGCCCUGUUGCCGACUAUACAAUGAGCGUACAGCAAGUCUUUGUACAUGCUGCUCGUUAUAUGAUUGAUGUCGGUGGUGUUUUCUGGGCCUGGAGGCUGGGCAUCCAACGCAGCACGAAGGAGAUUGACAAUUUGCCUUCAUGGGUUCCCGACUUCAAUCGAAGACCUGCAAUUGCGGAAAUCAACCCAUUCAGAGAUGUUAAACCAUCAUGCAAGUUGGAUAUUAAGGAGGAUCCGAUAACUAGCGAGACUUCUCUGCGAAUUAGUGGCUGUAUUGUUGACAAGAUUGUGUUCAAAUUGACCCUGAGGAGAGACCUUGAGAUCUCAACCAUUCUUUUGCUGGUUGUCGAUGCACUUGCAAAUACGGACCGCAGCAUAUACGGCACGUACCCGGUUGGGGAGGGGUUUAACCUUGACAGCAAUACCGAACAUUCAGGGAAGGGGAAGGGUGCUGAGGGCUCGCUGAUGAGGAGCACAAACGCAAUGUCGCUUUUCAACACCAUCACCUCUUUUGAAGACAAGUUGAAUAAUGAGGAUAAUGGCGCAACACCAGAAAGGAUAUUGCCCCUUCUGACGGGAUACCUUAUCUGGACACUCUCGAUGAACAAGGACACGCCGGGACUGUCAAAAACAGCGCCAGACUACGCAGAGCAAUUUGCAGAGAGGUGGACCGACGAAUCCGAUGACGAUGAAGCUUUUGCCGAUUUCGAGUUGGAUAAUCUCAAGCUAGUGGAAGAUGUGUUGAGAACAGACAAAGACCUGAUUUACACAGAGAAUGGUUACUUUGGUCUAACGAACCCUGGAGAAGCAGAGAUUGGCAUGGUGGUAGCGAUAGUUGGCACUGAUGCUACACUGCGGUUGUUGAGAAAGAAGGAGGAUACAACGCCAUUUUAUGAAUACGUUGACAUGAUUUUCUUGAACACUAUGGGCCAGGAAGUUGAUAAGCUGGAACAGAUGUUCCGAAAUGUCACCCCUGAGAGAUUAGAGAUACGCUAG